AUGCACGACCCAGCUUACCGUACAAGAUUAAAAGAGGUCAGCCGCUUCAAAAUCGACCAUUCCGACAUGGAGGGUGGAGAGAGUACUGCCACGCCACGGAAGAAGGUCAUCGCUCUAUUCUUCCAACCAUUUUUGGUAAGUAACCAAUCUUUAGCUUCAAUGUCUAACAAAACCAAAACCAAACACAAAUUAGAUAAUUUCAUUGCAUUUGAUCGAUUAUCAAAAAAUAUCUAUAAAACCUCAUCAAUGAUGAAUAGAUUACCUAUUCUCACAUUUGUCAUUUUUUUGACAUUAUUUAUAUCAACAACAUGGAGUGUAGAAUAUAAUUUUUCUGACCCACCAACUGCUACCAUCGCGGUCACUUGGAUCAACAUGGCUUUGAAGUGCGUCCACAAUUCAAAACCAACUCCUGCACCAACCAUCGUCUCCAGAUCAUUAGCAAUGGUAUCAACUGUAAUGUAUGAUACAUGGGCUUAUUACGAUGAUGUAUGUACAUCAAAAAAAUUAAAUGAAUUAAAUGGUUUGUUUGCAAGAGGUGAAUAUUUUAUUAGAUCAAAGAAUCAUACAUUGGACAAGGUAGGAUUAAAAGAGUCUAUUUCAUUUGCCGCCUAUAGAGUAUUGGCUGAUUUAUGGCCAGGUCAAGUAGAAGAAGUAUUAGAUGUUAGAAUGAAACAAUUGGGAUAUAACCCAAAAUACAUUGAUACUACAAAAAGUGUACAUGCAGGUAUUGGUAAUUUAGCCGCAACAAAAAUAUUACAAUCAAGAUGGAGAGAUGGAUCAAAUCAAAAAGGGGAUCAUCCAGGAGCACCAAAUAAUUACACCGAUUAUACAAAUUAUGCACCAAGAAAUGAUCCACAACCAGCCACUAUGAGAUGUCCAGAUAAUUGGCAACCACUUCUCAUUCCAAAUGUAAAUGCAACUAUUGAACCUGCACCACAAAAGUUUACAACUCCUCAAUGGCCAACUGUCAAAGCAUUUUCGUUUACUAGUCCAUCUGAGAUUAGAUCAUCCACGCCACCACCACUUGCCAAAGACGAAACGACAAGAGAACAAUUAUUGGAAGAGGCCAAAGAGUUGGUUGGGUACACGAUGGACAUGACAGAUGAAAUCAAGAUGAUUGCAGAGUAUUGGGCAGACGGACCAUCAAGUGUCACUCCACCAGGACAUUGGCACUUUUUUGCAAUGGAUAUUUCCGAUAGAGAUCAUCAUACCCUCGAACAAGAUGUUAAAAUGUAUUUUAUGUUGGGUAAUGCUGUAAUGGAUGCUGGUAUUGUAUGUUGGGAUUCCAAGAGAUUCUAUGAUAAUGCUAGACCUGCCACAAUGAUUCCUUAUCUCCUCGGUAAUGAUACAGUCACUGGAUGGAAUGGUGCAUGUCUCGAAAAGGUAUCAUUUAGUCUUGCCAACUGGAUUCCCUAUCAAGAUCCCUAUUUUGUAACUCCACCAUUCCCAGAUUUUACAAGUGGUCAUUCAACAUUCUCUGCUGCAUCGGCUGAAAUUUUAAAAAGAUUUACUGGUUCUGAUGAUUAUAUAAAUGGUUUUAAUGCUGCUAAAGGAUCAUCUGCAUUUGAAAAAGAUUGUCCAUAUGAUGUUCCAUCUCGUGAUAUUACAGUACAAUGGAAAACAUUUUCAGAAGCAGCAGAUCAAGCUGGUUUAUCUAGAAGAUAUGGUGGUAUCCAUUACAAGACAGCUGAUUUGGCAGGACGAAAGAAUGGUAGAGAUAUUGGUGGAUUAGUCUAUGACAAGGCACAAUUAUUAUUCCAAGGUUUAGAUCCAGACAUCAGUAGAAUGAUAACUUCACAAAACUCUGCACCAUCUAUUGGUAACAUCAUUCCAUUCAAACUUAUUGUUAUUUUAUUAUUUAGUGGUAGAAAUUUAAUUGGAUUGAAUUGGAUUGGAUUGGAUACUAAAUAA